UACAUUUAUAGUCGUAAACGGUGUUAGUGUAUAUUGUCGUGUUUAACCUAAAAAAUGGCGGCCAACAUUAACGGAGUUUUUACUGAAAAUUUACAAAAUGCAAUACUUCAAAGUAAAGUAUUAAUUGUGGGUGCUGGUGGAAUUGGAUGUGAGAUAUUAAAAAAUCUUGUUAUGACAGGAUUCACUAAUAUUGAAAUAAUUGAUUUAGAUACAAUUGAUGUUAGUAAUUUAAAUAGACAAUUUUUAUUUCAAAAAAAACAUGUGGGAAAAUCAAAAGCAGAUGUUGCAAGAGAAACAGCAUUAACAUUUAAUCCUGAUACAAAAAUAGUUCAUUAUCAUGACAGUAUUACAACUUCUGAUUAUGGAGUAUCAUUUUUUAAAAAAUUUACUUUAGUUAUGAAUGCUCUUGAUAAUAGAACAGCUAGAAAUCAUGUAAAUAGAAUGUGUUUAGCAGCAGAUGUACCAUUAAUUGAAUCUGGUACAGCUGGUUAUGAAGGUCAAGUAGAACUUAUAAAAAAAGGAUUAAGUCAAUGUUAUGAAUGCACACCAAAAGCUGCACAAAAAACUUUUCCAGGUUGUACAAUUCGUAAUACACCUAGUGAACCAAUUCAUUGCAUAGUAUGGGCAAAACAUUUAUUCAAUCAAUUAUUUGGUGAAGAAGAUCCUGAUCAAGAUGUUUCUCCAGAUACUGCUGACCCGGAAGCAGCAGAUUCUGCAGGUCAAAAUGCAUUAAAUUCAAAAUCAAAUGAAAAAGGAAAUGUUGAUAGAACAUCAACUAAAAUUUGGGCACAAUCAUGUAAUUAUGAUCCAGAAAAAUUAUUUACAAAAUUAUUUCAUGAUGAUAUAAAAUAUUUACUAAGUAUGGAUAAUUUAUGGAAGAAAAGAAGACCACCUAUUCCUUUAAAUUGGAAAGAAUUACCAGAUGGAGUUUUUCAUAAUACAGUACCAGGUUGCAGUAAAGAAAUUAAUGAACCUGGUUUAAAAGAUCAGCAACGAUGGAGUAUUUCUAAAUGUGGAAAAAUAUUUGCUGAAUCAAUCAAAAGUUUAAGCAAUACUUUAAAAGUUUCACAAGAAAAAUCAUCAAAUAAUCAUUUGAUUUGGGAUAAAGAUGAUCCAAGUUCAAUGGAUUUUGUUGCUGCAUGUGCCAAUAUAAGAGCUUACAUUUUUGGUAUACCUCAAAAAACAAAGUUUGAUAUAAAAUCAAUGGCAGGAAAUAUAAUUCCUGCAAUCGCAACUACAAACGCAAUAGUUGCUGGCUUAGUUGUUCUUCAUGCAUUCCGCAUUCUUGAAAAUAAUUUAAAAGCAUGUAGAUCUGUAUAUUUGCGUUCGAAAAUGAAUCAUCGUAAUCAGUUAUUAGUACCAGAGAAAAAUGUUAAUCCACCAAAUCCAAAAUGUUAUGUAUGUGCACCUAUGCCAGAAGUUAUACUAGCAAUAGAUACAUCUAAAACAACAAUUAAAGAAUUACUUGAAAUAGUAUUAAAAAGUAGAUUGAACAUGAUUGCACCAGAUGUUAUGAUAGAUGGUACUGGUUCUGUUGUUAUUAGUAGUGAAGAAGGAGAAACUGAAGAAAAUAAUGAUAAACUCUUAGAAGAAUUAGGAAUUAAAGAUGGUACCAUUCUUAAGGUUGAUGAUUUUCAACAGAAUUAUUCAUUGACUAUAACCAUAAUUUAUAGAGAACGUCCAAGUUUAAAAGGUGAUAGUCCUGAUUUUCUCAUCUUAGCUGAUGAAAAAGAUCUCAAACCUAAAGAAGACAAUGAUUUAAUAAAACCAUCUACUUCAAAUGGCCAGGUGGAGUCAUCUAAAGAAAAUGUAAUGAUUGUUGAAACUGAAACCGUUUCAUUGGAUACAGUAAAGAAACGUAAAACUAAUUCUCUUGAAGAAAUUGUGUCUCCAAAAAAAAGAAAAAUGGAAGUUCAUAAUGUAGAUGAUGAUAUUUCUAUUAUUGAAAAUGAUAUAACUAAUGAUGCUGGUAAUACAAAAUCAAACAUUAAAAUACAUAAAAAUUCAGAAGAUGAUGAUUGUUUAAUUGUGCAUGAUGAUAAUAUGCAAACAACUACAACUUCGCAGUAAAUAAAUUAAAUAUAAAUUGAUCAAA